CCUGUAAACACGUUUAUGGAGUACUACAGAAAGUUUUCGCCAGGUAUACACUUUGAUUUACAAGUGCUAAAUGACCUUCUAAAUUCUUUACUCAAACAUUGUUUAUUGAAAGAAGUAUUUCAGGUCAUGAACCUCAGCAUAAUGGUUAAAAUGCUGCCUGCUCUGAAAAUAUUACUAAAAAUAUUUGAGUAUGUGGCAACUAUGAAAUUAAGGAAUGCUGUACCUGCUUUGAUUGAUAUCUUUUGCAAGCUUGUUGAAGCUGGGACGGUACUUGACCCAGAACACUUUAAUUAUAUUAUUAAGCUUUUAUACCAAGUACAGGCUUCCAAGCAAGAAAUAACUGCAGUUCUGGAAAUGAAAUCCAGGUUACGGACGAGGCAGUUUAAAAAGAACUGGAAGUGUGAUUUAGAGUCAGCCUUGAAUGAAAUAGAGUAUUGUAAAGAAAAAGGUGACUGGACCAAAUUGCGAAAUUUAUACAUUAACAUAAAACUGGGCUGUAAAAAAUUUGCAGAUUUCCAGAGAUUUUGUGCUUAUAUUGCUGAAACUCUAACAAAAGACUGUAAAGAAGAGAGACCAGGUGUUCCAUUUCGUGAAUUCGCUGAAACAGUUAGCAAAGAUCCACAAAAUAGUGAAGUAGAUAAAACUUUGCUGGGAAGAAUCGUAAUCAGUGCUGUGUACUUCUACCACAAGCUGUUGCAGUGGUCCAAGGGAAGGAAGGUCUUAGAUAAACUAUAUGAAUUAAAAAUACAUUUUACAAGUUUAAAAGGAUUUACAGGGCCUGAGAAGUUAGCACCAAGAUGUCAAGUUGUGAAUAUUGCAGCAGAAAUUUUUCUAAAAAGCGGAAGCCUAGAUGGUGCCAUUUGGGUAUUAAGGGAGUCAGAGGGAGUCAUCAAUACACCACUGUGGCCUUGUGAUAGACUGGAUGUGCUCAACUGGCAUAAUCUGCUCUGUACAACUGCACAUGAAAUCUUAGCGAAGAGUCUUUACAGACAGACAUUUGAAGUUUUGCAAAAUCUACCAGGUUUUCAAAAUUCUCAAGAUGCCUGUGUAGAAAGCAACAGUCUUUGUAUGUCAUCCUCCGGAGCAGAAUUCAUGAUUUCAAAGAGCAUCCCUAUUGAUUUUUCCUUUCUUAGAAGAUUAAGUACUUCUUUAGGAAGAAGUUGUUUACGGCUCAAAGCCAGAGCCCACAAAAGUGCUCUUUCAUUGGGUUACUACCCACCAUUGGAGGGAAAUUUAUGCCGAAAACUUCUACUGAUUCCUUCCUAUUUGUCUGAGAUUGAAAUGCUUUUAACUAUUGAAAUCUUCCUGGUAUCCAAUGCUAACAGUAUUCAGAGUCCUGGAACUUCUACACAGACGCUACAGAUAGUUUUAAAAAGAUGUGAAGAAAACAAAUCUCAGAGCAAGGAUGACUAUCAAGCUGCAGUGGAAAGAUUAAUUAUGGCUGCUCAUAUAUCAGAUCCAAAGCUUUUCAUUAAGCACAUGACCAUCAAUGUUAAUAAGGAACAGGUUUAUAGUAUGGAACAUUGUUCUGCCUUGAAAUGGUUAAAAGAGAAUAUGAAGUGGGCUGGAAAGGUUUGGCUUUUCAAUAACCAUUAG